UUCAGAUAUAAACCGAGGUCUAUAACUAUGGAGUCAGAGGGAACAAGUGCAGAAGUCGAUAUAAGCAAUCCGUUAGUCCACAGUACUAAUAAAAACAUUAUUGAUUGGGUAUUGGGUACCAUUGGCUUUAAACCGGAUAAUAAUCAAUUACCUGUGGCUCCGGAAACUAGCGACCCUUCUCAAUGUUCUAAAUGUGUUUGUGGACUUGCUCUUCAACACAAAAGGAUUGUUGGAGGUGUAGAAACACUAGUGAAUGAAUAUCCUUGGAUGGUAGCACUACAAUACAACAACAGGUUCUACUGCGGUGCAUCUUUGAUCAACAACAAAUACCUUUUAACAGCUGCCCAUUGCGUUCAGGGAUUCAAUGCGGAUCGACUAUCAGCAGUGUUCUUUGACCAUGACAGAUCCAGUUCAUAUGAAACUGCGACAUUUACAAGGCGGAUUCGAGGCAUCUUUAAACACAAUUCGUAUGGAAAUGGAGGAAAUUACAAUAAUGACAUCGCUCUUUUGAAGCUUGAUCAGGAUGUGUCAUUGGAUGCCAUGACCAGACCGGUAUGUUUGCCUUCCACUGGAAAGAGUUUUACAGGACUAAAUGGCAUCGCGGUCGGUUGGGGAGCCACAUCUGAACAUGGUCAAGUAGCUAUGAAGCUCAGAGAAGUGACCGUCCCUAUAAUGUCCAAUCGCGAUUGUAAAAAAACUGGAUACAAUAACAGGAUUACGGAUAACAUGUUGUGCGCCGGAUUCCCAGAUGGGAAAAAAGAUUCUUGUCAGGGUGAUAGUGGAGGUCCCUUACAUAUUAUUAAUGGAAGUUUUCAUGCAAUUGUUGGCAUAGUGUCCUGGGGUGAAGGCUGUGCGCAGCCAAACUAUCCUGGAGUCUAUAGCAGGGUCAACCGUUAUAUUACUUGGAUAAUGUCAAAUACCAAAGAUGCCUGUUAUUGUAAAAAUUAAAAAUGAGUUUAUUGAGCUUCUGAACAACAGGACGCUCACCAAUGACACAGCGUUGAUGGUAACCUACAGUGAGGAAAUCAGUCGAGAGUUAGCAUCAUUUGAAUUUCUGCCAAGUUGUUUGUAUUUUUAUUGUACUUAUUAACCACAUUAAAGAAAAAACAGGU